CUAUGGUCUGUGCUAAAUGGAUGGUAGCUGAGCUACCACUAGGAGCAGAGAAAGUACUGGCCCUGGCUGGCUGUAUGACAUACGCAGAGCUUUGGUAUAAAUCAGUCCCUGAUGAUAAUCCUACCAAAGAAAAAGCAAAGGCAGCAUACAAGAAGUUCUUGGGUGCCUACCAGCGUUUGGCAACAGAGCAAAUUCUGUUUGUAAACAAAGUGGGAGAGCCUGAUUUAGUACAGUUGGCAGGAAACCCUGUCAAACUGAUCUCCAAACUGUACGAGCACCACAGCAUCACACAGACAGACCCCUCACUGCCUAGACCUGAUAUCCAUAAGGUGGCUGAGGAGAUAGCUAGAGUGACCCACACUGACCUACAUAAGAUGAGACUGACCCUAAUCAAUCAAUGGCUUCCUUCCUCCUCCUCAAAACUAGCUGACGGAGAGUCCACUGUGACAUUUAACUUUGAGAGUCUGAAGUUGGCAGAACAAAGCAUGAUGAAUGAUGCAGAAGAUGAAAUCAUCAACUUAAAACGAGUUCUGUAUCUUCUUCAGCAAGGAUCAGCUGAGGAGAAUGUUACGUUUCUCCUUAACUUUGUAUUUGAGAAUCAGAAUACAGGAGAAAUGACUUCAGUUACCAACAUGUGUAAGAUGCGAGCCUUACAUUGCUUGCUGGAAUUACGUCAAGACGAGAUUGUUCAGAAAAUGUGCGGUCGUAGUAUUGAGGACCUUAGGACCCUGCUGAAGACGACCAGUUACCUGAUAGCCCUGGAGAAGCUCCACAUACUGCACUCGGUGGAGACGUUUGAAUCCUCCAACAAGGAGGGGCUGAUCAAGGGAAUCUGGAGAAACCACAGUCAUCAGAAGUCUGCCUGUAUGCUGGUAGCUGCCCUGUGUCUGGACUACAAAGUUUAUGAUGUUCAGAUCUGGAAUGGAGUAUUACAACAGCUUGUUCACUUUGGUUUGAUGGAUCAGCUAGAGUAUGUGUUGGGACGACUGAAUGCAGCACCAGAAGUCUGGCAAACUCCUAUGUUCUCAAGAGCUUGGCAAACAAUGGUCGUCACACCACUUACAAAAGUGGUUGCCCCAUUAACAGAGGAGCAAUUAGACACUUGUGUUCACAUCUUCAAUUUGAUAAUCAGGUGCCCUGUGCUGAGUGACACUAACAUUAUAUCUGUGGUGAGACAGCAGUACCUGAAGCUAGAGCUCCCUCUGUGUGCAUUGGCUAGUGUGUUAAUGUCAGACAACUCUCUACAGGAACGGCAGGAGAUUUUAAAUCGGCACAGACUGGGUUUACUGAAAGACUGUGAUAGACUGAUGAAACAUGGAAUGAUGGCUGUAGAAAUCAAAAAGGUGGAGGAAGCAGUAUUUCUCUACCUCCUUGACACAGAAGAUUUCCAAGAAAUCUCCGAAUCCCCAUUAUCCAAGUCCUUCUUUAAGUUUGCUGUAGAACAUAACAACAUAGAUGGUAUUCUUCAGUUUGCAGUCAGGCAUCAAAAAAUAAAAGAAGCAGCCUCCUUGUUGGGCAUGUUAUGUUCCCGGAAUGCUCUCCUGGCUAAAAGACUGGAAUCUUACAGGAGCGAUUCUAUAUUUAUGCUUAAGAAAUAUUUGGAACUACAAGGUCAUCAGGAGGUGAGCGAAAUGAUUUAGAAAUUUUGGAAAAUCAUGAGGGAAAAAACUACAGCUUAAACCGAUAAUGGUGUGCAUUACUGCAAAAAUCUGCAAUAUAAACACAUAUUCUACAUGAAAACGAGGGGAAUAUUUCUUUGCAAAAUGUCCUUGGAAUAAAAGUAGUGAUACUACAUGUAUAUUAGCAGAUAAAAUUUUUGUCAAUGACAAAAUGUGUUAAAUUGAAAUCUUGACAUUAAUAUAUUUGAAUGUUAUUUUUUAACACACU